GUAACUGCAGGAACAUUAUCCCAAGUACACAUCAAAACUGGUCUUGGAAUGGAUAAAGAGCACCAUGUUUGUUCUUGUGGACUAUCCCUGACCUCAACCCUGUUAAACAUUUGAAGGCUGCGAGGUGCGGCGGUGGCACAGGGGUAAAUCACAACCCAUUUAUGGAGGCCUUAGUCUUCGACGUGGCCWUUACAGGUUUGAGUCCUGGCCUGAUGACCUUUGCUGCAUGUCUUCCUCCUCUUUCACAACAUUUUUUCCUGUCUGACCACUGCUAAAGGYCACUUGAGCUGACUAUACCGGUCCAACCCAAAAAGCAAACCAAUUUAAAGGAGCUCUACCAGUUUGAAUUAGAGCAGAYAAUUAUACAGGUAGAAUUAUAUCAGGCAGGACCUUGUUGUUGACGGCUAUAAAAGUUUUAUGAUCAAGAAUCAACAUUCCGAGCGACACUCAUCCCAACAUUAUUGGGCCUGUUUGUAUAUGUUUGAGCUUGUAUAUAAAAUAAGGUCACAGUUCAGAAAAUCCCAAAUAAAAUUCAAACAUGCACAUAAAAUGUUUGUCUUUAGAAAUCACUGAGGUUGUAUGUUCUCAUCAGCAKUCGACCUUAAAAAAAGUCUUGGUCAAAAUAAAUAACUUAAUGCCAAAACUGAUGUGAAUAUUCAUGCUGCAUGUAAACUUCUGGCCUGUACUUUAUCUCUGCCACUCCUGCGCCCUGGGGCAGUUUGAUUUGUGCCAGUGAACAUGCACCACAGUCUGCCAUAGCCUGCAGCACUGGUUGGACUUUCUUAUCUAAGAUGUCAUGCUGUUGCACAGCUCUGGUAGAUCCACCAAAAAAAUAUUGUGAAAUAGGAAAGCAGUUGAAAGAAAACUGAGGGUUUUCUUAAUCCUUUCUGAUUAUUAUCAAAGCAAGUCACAUGUGAGUCAUUUAGACGUCCACCUUUAAAACUUUGUGCCAGUUAAGUUCAAUGGAUUCUCUAUUGCUGGUCUCGGUAYUUCAAUAAGGAAAUUGAUUUCAAAAUGUAAGUUAUGUUCUGCAAUAUUACGUURCAGAAAUGUAUUGAUACCUUCAAUACAUGUCUAUUUUUUCAUACUGAGGACUUCAUGCCACUUAUAAUUUAAGAGCAAAACAUUGCAACAAAAACAUUUUAUGACCCCACAAAAAAAAAAAAAAUUUAAAUGCCGUCAAAGAAGAAACCUCUGCCAUCAUUGCUCUACUGUAACUUGUCCAAAGUGACCACUAAACCAAGCUUCAAAAUCUCCCCCAGGCCAUGUUGUUAUGAUGCUUUGCUACCUGUUAUUUUGCUCCCUUUACAACAGGCUCUGACUUAAAAGUGAGCCAAAACUGUGUAAGCCGUGAAUGUGUGUGGACAUUUGAAGCAGAUAGCUACAGGCAACAGAGCAGAGACAGCCCAUCCAGAUUAUGUAAAUACUGGUCUGCUGUGCCUCAAACUGAAUGUUAAUGCUCUGUUCUGAAAUGCUAAUUAUGUGUUGUGUGAUAUGUCAAAAAUAGAGACGGACCGCAUUGUUGGAGAAACGACUGAAAAGUUCAUUUGUUACUCAUGCAGCUCCUGAAAAGCUGCAUGAUGACUCUGUCUGCCUUGUAUCGUUCUGCAGUCGCUGAACAGCUCUGAUGUUUGUUCACAGAACGUUGAAAUUAUCUGCAUGUAGAAGUGCAUCUGGGCACAUCAGGAUGUUUUCAAAGCAUUAUUUACUCCAAUAAUUCAUAUGAAAAAGUGACUCAUAUUUUGCUGAUUCAUUACACAAAUAGUAAUAUAUUUCAAGCAUUUUGUUUAUAUAAAUAUAGAUUGGGAAUUUAAAUGACUAUGACUUACAGGUAGUGAAAAAAAUAGCUUCUCAGAAAAUUAGAAUAUCACAUCAACUAUAAAAACUGAUUUUAAAUUUAGAAAUGAUAUUUUAUCACCCACACAGUAGUUGUCCAUUACUCAUKUGAACACUUUGUUAAGAAGGUAAGCCUCAAACGAUCAUUGCUAAAGAAUUUGAUCACAUAGAGAGGGCGACUAUUCAAACACAAUCAWRGAAAGUUUAGUGGAAGGAAAAAUGAUGACUUAAGCAAAGCCUUUUCAAAAUUCAGAGAGAUAUUCACAGGUUGUGGACUGUGCCUGGACUCAGUGAUUCUGAGCUUCAUACAGAUGUGACAAGGAUACAGGCAACAAUUAUCAAUGUUAGAAAAUAAUGUCAGGCGUCUUUAGCCUCUAGUAGAUUGCAUUAAGUCAUCCAAUUUGCAGCAAUCCCUACUCUUUAGCAUACACAUGUUGAUACAUAAUGUUUGUAAGAGGUUUGUGUAUUUUAUGGUGCAAUAAAUAUGAAUGAGUUGCAUAAAUGAGACAAACYACCAUAGCUUUAUUCUUCCUGACUGWGAAUCAUUACAGGUAAAGCGCUACUAUGGCUGUUAUCCUCUGUACAUACCUCUCAAUGGCUGAGAUCUGAUCCAGUUACAGAUCCUGGUAACCUUUUGACCUUCGAGCUGUUCUUAGGCUAAAAGUGUACACGAGGCAAAUGUGUUGCAGGCAUUCGCUCACGAAAAGGUCCACUGCAUGUUGUUUUACAGUAUUUCCAACUGAUUUUGUGAUAUAGAAACUUAUUUCCUCAACCCCCACCUGCCACCCACCCAAACGCCUGUUCUUUUUCACUCCCUCUUCUUUCUCCCCUGCAAUUUUCCAUAAUGCCUCACAGAUUUUACACUCAAUCCACCUUUGCGAUGACAAGGCUUUGAGGAAAUCCAAUUCCACCGAGCUGUUUUCAGAACUUACUCUCCACAGGCACACACUCACUUCCGCGCGCACACACUCCACCAUCUCCACAAAUUAGUCAGGGAACAAAUUACCUGCAUUCUGAGUGUGAUCCCACGCACUUUGCCGGCUGCCUUACACAGGUCCCCUUUUGAAGAGCAGCCAUGUGAUUUCUCUCUCUUUCUGCCCCGCAGGCCCCCUUGCCUUCUGCGAGGGAUUCUGGAGUUGAAUUUUAAAACUAUGUAUGGCUGCUGCCUGCGCUUAUCAGCGCGUGCACAAGUGGCAUGCAAAUCAAACGAGGAUCACACACCGCAUUGGAGGCCUACACUCAAAGGAUAAUCGCUCCAGCAUGUCCAGACCCAUGAUCACCCGAUCACCAGUGUCUCCCUUGAGUAACCAGGGCAUCCCCACACCUGCACAACUCACCAAAUCCAACGCCCCUGUGCACAUUGACGUAGGCGGCCACAUGUACACCAGCAGUUUGGCCACCCUAACCAAAUUUCCUGAAUCCCGAAUCGGUCGUCUCUUUGAUGGCACAGAGCCCAUAGUCCUGGACAGCCUGAAGCAGCACUACUUCAUUGAUAGGGAUGGACACAUGUUCCGCUACAUUCUCAACUUCCUCAGGACGUCCAAGCUCCUCAUUCCCGACGACUUCAAAGACUACAGUUUGCUGUAUGAAGAGGCCCGAUACUUCCAGCUGCAGCCCAUGCUUGCAGAGUUGGAGCGCUGGCGUCAGGACCAGGAGCUGGGCCGGGUCUCCCGGCCCUGCGAGUGCCUAGUUGUGCGCGUUGCGCCUGACCUGGGCGAGAGAAUCACCCUCAGCGGCGACAAGGCCCUGAUCGAGGAUGUUUUCCCAGAAAUCGGUGAUGUCAUGUGUAACUCUGUGAACGCUGGAUGGAACCAUGACUCCACACAUGUGAUACGCUUCCCGUUGAAUGGCUACUGUCACCUCAACUCUGUCCAGGUUCUGGAGCGUCUCCAACAGCGCGGGUUCGAGAUUGCUGGCUCUUGUGGCGGAGGCGUGGACUCAUCCCAAUUCAGCGAGUAUGUCCUGAGGAGGGAACUGAGGAGGACAAGUCAGCGAGGACCCAAUUCAAAUAGGAUAAAGCAGGAGCAGCUGGACUAGAAACCUCCAGGGCAGCAGGAGGUGCUAGACUUUUCUGUAGCAGCCAAACAAUCAGGGCUGCAGAGCUCUCUGGACUCUGUUUUUCUGCAUUUCCUUGUUGAUGUUUCUGUUUUCUUACACUUGAGAACCACAUAGAGAAUAAAAAAAUGAAGUGCAACAGGAGAUUUUUGCCAUACGAAGAUAUGAGGCAUUUGAUAACUUUGAGAUUGCAAAGACAUUUGUGAUUGUCUAGUUCCCCCAUAAACCAGUUCAAAAAGUAUUUAUAUAUAUAUGCUGGAUCCCCAAACAAAGUUUGUUUUAAAACUUGCAGCCUACAUUAGGUCAAAAAUUUGAUUUCUAACAUACUCAUAUGAAUUAAAAGUCUUUUAUUGCUGAAGUAGUGUGUUGCAUAGCUUGUCGUCAGUGACUGUUUUUGUUGUUUCACCAGCAUAUCGAAUGCAGAACUUUUUUUUUUUGCCCCCCCUCAAAAAAAAACGAAUUUUGUGUUGCUUUGAGAGCAGAAUGUCUCAGACUUUACCAACAUCUAUGUUAAGAAAACACAUUUUUCACAAGUGACAUGUACAGAAAAUCCAAUGAAGUUGUGUUUUUGAAAUUAGCCAUCAAGGACGUUACAAACACAGUGGAAAUUAAUAUUUUUGUAAAUUAUUGUCGCACCAUUUGCCUCGCAGGAUAGUAUGAACCACCAUUUCGUGUGAUACCUUAGGACUUGUUUCAUUGGAAUCUAAUUUUUGUCAGUCACGACCUGUAAAUUUUCAUUGUAUGUCUUUGUGUUUUUUACAUUGAAUCUUUUUAAAGCAAGUUUCUUGCCUCAGACAUGACUGAACAGAUUAAAAGCUUAUUGUACUAUCCAAACUGAGAUGACUUGUAUUUGUAGCACAUGUUGAUAUGAAGUUCGAUAUAAAGUAUUUCUAAGAUUACUGAAACACCUACGCUCCUUUGAUUUAAGGGGAAUGUAGAGUAAAAAAAAAAAAGUGAAAUAAAUCUCAGCUAAAGUUGUAA